AUGCGCUCCGGCUCGGCCCGGCGGCCCCGGGCGCCGCUGCCCCCGGCCUGGGGGCCCGCGCUGCUGCUGGGCGCCGCGCUCCUGGGCGCCGCCGCGGGCUCCCGGGGAGGCUGCUUCUGGGACCGGGGGCGUCUGUACAAGGCGGACCAGGGCUUCUCUGCGGACGGACUGCUCUGUCUCAGCUGGCAGGAAGCGCAAGGGCAGGGGGCAGAGCGCCUGGCCCCUGAUGUGGCCCCGGGCCCGAGAAGCACAAUGGAGAACCACAGCUUCUGCCGGAACCCGGACUCGGACGUAGCCGGGCCCUGGUGCUACGUGAGGGGCUCCUCGGGAGCUCCCGAGAAGCGGCGCUGCGAGCCCGUCCUGUGCGCAGGGACCCCUACUCAGGGAACAUCGCCCCUUACCACUGCUGCAGGGGCGUCUCAGGGACCGCAAGGGGCCGACGGGGAAGUGUUUGAGGUUGCAGACUCUCUGCCCUCCAACAGCGAGUCGGCAGCUGUGCAGCCCGUGAUUGGGGUCAGCCAGAAAGUGAGGAUGAUGUCGGAGAAGAAAGACCUCGGAACGCUGGGCUACGUGCUGGGAAUCACCAUGACGGUAGUCAUCAUCACCAUCGGCGCUGGCAUCGUCCUGGGCUAUGUCUACAAGAGGGGCAAGGACUUCAAAGAGCACCGGGAACAGAAAACCUACGAGCGGGAGAUGCAGCGGAUCACCCUGCCCCUGUCCGCCUUCAUGAACCCUGCAUGUGAGAUGGUGGACGAGAAAACCAUCGUGAUUCACGCCCACCGGACUCCCGGGGAGGACGUCAAGGAUGGCAAUGCUCCCCUCAUGGGCCAGGCUGGCACGCCGGGGGCCUGAGCUGGGGGCCAGGGGCCAGGAGACCUCACCGCCACCGCCGUCCUGGGCCAGCCCCCUUCCCAGAGCGGGGAGGGACCCUCGUCUUCUGUUAGGGUGUUUUUGGGGCAAAUUCCAGAGACAGAGGGCCCCGCUCCUGCGCUCGGGUCUCCGUCCCUUAGGGCAGGACCGCGCCCGACGGAGCUAACUGGCAGCAGCUUCUGCAGGGGCUUCCCACGGAACUCCGACAGGGACGGGGACCAGUGCCACGUCUUCCCUCUGCGCCCCAAUUCCACACGGCCAGGCUUCCCCCUGUCCCCGCCUCUGGGGGGGUGCAUGGCACAUAGGGACUGUUACCUUUUAUCUUUCAAGAAAAAUGGGAGCUUUGAGGUAGGGUGGGCUGGGGGGGAUGGCAGGUGGCCUCCCAGUUGUGUUUGUGGCCCUUUGGAGCCAUGAACUAGUUUUUGCACUUAAGAGACAUGGCCAGGAGAGCUAGAAACGCAGGGAGCUCGGGACGGGUCCAGGGGGGCUGCAACCAGCCCGCGUCCCAGGGACAAGAAAAGCGAAUGAUUGACCGUUCCGUGUAGACCAAGGACUGGGCACAGGUGCCUUAGGCCAGCACAGGGGGUUGGAGCCAGAAGUUCUAAAUGGGGAGAAUGACGGGGAACAAGGGACGAUAUUUUAGGAUCCACAACUAUCCAAGGACCUGGAAAUGUCGUCGGUGAAUGUCGUCGGGGCUGGAUCCUCCAGGCGUUUCCCAGGAGGCUCCUGCAGAAGCUCCGGGGUAAUGAGGGCCAGGGCUCACAGCACAGGCUUCUUCCCUCUGCCAGCCUCUGCUGGCCCACGGCUGCGCUGGAUGGGGGCCGCCAGCCACCCUGUUCCCAUGGGGUCCGCCUCUCACUGCUCCUCACGAGGCCUUAGGAAGGGGGGACUUCCCCAACUGCACCUGCUCGCCCGCUCCCCAAGUCCUGGCAGUCCCGGGGGUGUGGGGGUGCACCGGCCCUGGAGCCGUGGGUGGCUCCGGGGGAAAGCCCUGGCUUGGAGUCCAUCCUCCCGGCUGCCCAAGAGGGGGCUGCCAUGUUACUGGUUCUAACUUUUUGUUGCUGUACCCAUUUUCCUGUUUUAUAUACCUCACUCUAACACCUGCACAUGGAGGCAGGAAGCCACUCUGGAUUCUACUGGGUAAAAAACACAUUAAACAGGACAAAACUCA